GCGGAGGAGCAGCAAGACUUAGUGAUCCAAAUGCGGGUUUGGAUGUCUUUCGGUGAUGGAGAGUCCCCCUCCAAGUGUGACGACCAGGAGGGCUGUCAAUCUUCCGCCGUCUGGUGUUUGGCGCUCUCAGCUGCUUGACCGGUGCCUUGGUGUUGUGAGCCGUUCGUGUUUCGUGCCUCCUGGACCUUCGGCCUCACAGUUUGCUCGACCGUUCGAUCAAGCACUUGGGCAGCGGUUCGUCCCGAUGCACAACACUAGGGUUCGCAACGGACUCAUGCUGAUGCUCCCUACUCCUAAGGAAGAGAAGUGCCCCUCCUUUGCCCACUCCUGUCAUCCUUUUUACCCCCUGUACGUGGACGUGUUGGCUGCAGGUGUCUCUGCUGGUGUCUCUGAGACUGUUGUUGCCCCUCUCGAGAGAGUUAAACUACUACUCCAGACCCAAGAAGCUAACCCUCAGCUACCCUACGACAAGCGUUACAAGGGAAUUGUAGACUGUUUUUCCAGAGUUGCGAAGGAACAAGGAAUACUGUCCUUUUGGAGAGGCAAUGUUCCCAACAUCAUUCGGUGUUUCUUCACCCAAGGCCUGAACUUCGCUCUGAAAGACGUCUACAAACAGAUCUUUAAUCCCUAUGACUCGAAGAAGGACUUCUGGAAGUUCGUCAUUGGCAAUCUAACGGCCGGUGGGGCAGCUGGAGCCACCUCCCUCUGUUUUGUCUAUCCCUUGGAUCUGGCGAGGACUCGACUAGCUGUUGACGUCGGCAGAGGAAGCGAUCGCAAGUUCCGGGGAUUAGUACACUGUUUGUCUUCCAUCUUCAAAACCGAUGGCUUUUUUGGGCUUUACAGGGGCUUCGGCGUGUCCGUACAGGGUAUUUUUAUGUACCGUGCAGCCUUCUUUGGCGGCUUUGACACCGCAAAGGGGUUACUUUUCCAAGACCCCGAAAACACGCCCCUUAUGCACAAAUGGAUGGUGGCCCAAGCCGUGACUGCCUGCGCUGGCAUGAUCUCCUACCCCUUUGACACAGUCCGCCGGCGAAUGAUGCUGCAAUCGGGAUCCGAUAACCCAAUGUACAAGAGCAGUUUGCACUGCUGGAAGACAAUCUGGAAACAUGAAGGGCCGAGGGCCUUCUUCAAAGGCGCCUGGUUGAACAUCCUUCGUGGUGAAGGGAGUGCACUGAUCCUUGUGCUAUACGACGAGAUUCAGAGGGCAAUGAAAAAAAAGUAACCAUCCUUCUUUUGUUACUGGGUUUUUUAGGCCUUAAUGCCGUGGAUAAAGGGGUCUGUCGUCU